GCGGUUCGAUUUUUCUAAUUUGGGUUCGGCCCCGGUGGAUAUACGCGCAAGACGUAUAUCCACGCAAGACGUCACUUUCAGUCGCCGUCUCCGGUCCGGAUGAGGUAUCGCCUCCCUCCUAUGCUCCUUCGCAACCUCCAUUCUUCCUUGGAGGUUUCCUCCAUGGCGGCGACGGCUAUCUUCUUUCGCACCAUCUGUUCACCAUCGUCCACACUCGCAUCGUUACCUCCAUUGCUCUCUCAUUCUCGGUCUGCUGGUCUAUCGUAUUCUACUACUUCUUCUACUCCAUUGUUUGGUGGUUUAUUUGGCGGUUCUGUUUACCACGGAGAUGGAGAUUGGAUGCAUUCGAGAAGGUUGGGAGGGAAGGUAUUGGCGUCGCAGCGAGGGUAUAGGAAGGUGCGAGGUCGCCCGUCGGCCAGGAAGAAGGAGAAAGGGAAGGAGUUGGAGCUCGAUGUAAAGAUUUGUAUCGAAGAACAGUUGCCCGAUGAUACUGAAAUUCUGGAUAUUGCAGAAUUACUUCGUCUAAAUGUUCCAAUGGCUAUGAAAUUAGCAUUUGAUGGGUUAAAAGAUUCAGAUCAUAAAACAAGAGAUCCCACUGUCGAUGAUGUUGGCCAAUUCGAGAGUGUCGAGUUAUCAAUACUUCUAUGCCAUGAUGAAUGCAUCCGUGAGCUUAAUAAAGAUUGGAGGAAUGAGGACCAUGCUACUGAUGUUCUCUCUAUGUCUCAGCAUAUGCCUGAACUCAAGCUUCCAAUGCUAAUGUUGGGUGACAUAAUAAUUUCCGUCGAAACGGCUGCAAGACAAGCAGAGGAAAGAGGGCACACUCUUGUUGACGAGAUACGCAUUCUUAUGGUUCAUGGGUUGUUGCAUCUUCUGGGAUUUGAUCAUGAGCUCAGUGACAAAGCUGAAGCAGAAAUGGAGGAGGAGGAAGAACGUCUCCUGAAGAGUCUUGGAUGGAAAGGGAAAGGAUUGAUCCAAAGUGCAUCUACUGCUGAAGAUGAUGAAAGCCCUCUACCAAAGACUCCCGAUGGAAGGAAGAAAGCAGGCAGUCUUCGAUUCUACAAGCCAAAGUUCAACUAUAUAUUCUGUGACAUGGAUGGUACACUGCUGAAUAGUGAAAGUCGAAUAUCUGCUACCAAUGCAAAUGCUUUAAGAGAGGCUUCAUCAAGGGGUGUAAAAGUGGUGAUAGCCACUGGAAAAACUCGUCCAGCUGCUAUAGCUCUAUUGAAGAUGGUGGAUUUAGCAGGCCGAGAUGGAAUUGCUUCUGAGUAUUCACCUGGUGUUUUCAUACAGGGUUUGCUUGUUUAUGGAAAACAAGGCCGGGAAAUUCACAGAAGAAAUUUGGAUCCACAUGUUUGCAGAGAGGCAUUUCAUUACUCUAUAAAGCACAAUAUUCCACUAAUUGCAUUCAGUGAGAGUCGAUGCUUGACCCUAUUCAACCAUCCUCUUGUGGACUCCCUCCACACCGUGUAUCAUGAGCCUAAGGCAGAGAUUAUGCCUUCAGUGGAGCACCUUUUAAGUGGUGGUGAUGUACAGAAGGUGCUAUUUCUACACACUGCUGAAGGGGUGGCUGGUACCCUCAGGCCAUAUUGGGAAGAAGCAACAACAGGCCGUGCCUCUGUUGUCCAAGCACAGCCAGAUAUGCUUGAAAUUGUACCCGCUGGUACUUCUAAGGGCAGUGGAGUAAGCAUGCUGCUUGACCAUUUUGGUGCUACUGCAAAUGAGGUAAUGGCAAUUGGUGAUGGCGAAAAUGACAUUGAGAUGAUUGAAUUGGCUUCUUUAGGCAUAGCUCUCAGUAAUGGUUCAGAGAAGACAAAAGCUGUGGCUAACGUGAUUGGUGCCAGCAAUGACGAAGAUGGAGUUGCUGAUGCUAUAUACAGGUAUGCGUUUUAAACAACAUUUGAGCUCAAACUCGAAAAACUUGUAUUCUUUUCAUAGUUAUUUUUUUCAUUUAUUCCCCCCCUUGGGAUUCCUAUCCGUUAUUGAGUUAGCUAGCUAGAUACGGGAAAGGGAUAAAGAAAG